CGGAAGUAGCUGUCAGCUACAUGGUGUGCAGUUGCAGGAUGAUGAAGAUGAGCUGAAAACUGUUUAAAAUGACACCAAAACGAGCCUGAAAACUGAUUAAAAGUGCUUUUUCUGCGAGCAGCGAUGAAGACCGUGUUUGUGACGGUUGGCACCACGAGCUUUGAUGAGCUCAUUAAAAACGUGACGUCUUCUGAAGCCGCUCAGGCUUUAAAAUCUUGUGGAUAUGAGCGUUUGGUUCUUCAGGUUGGAAGAGGAUCUCUUCUUCCAGAUGCUGACAGCUGUCCACACAUCAGACUGGAGGCUUUCCGAUUCAAAGAUUCGAUAGCGGAGGACAUGAAGCGGGCUGACCUCGUUAUCAGUCAUGCAGGGGCAGGAAGCUGCUUGGAGGCCCUCGGUGCAAACAAGCCUCUGCUGGUCGUUGUCAAUGACAAGCUGAUGGACAACCACCAGCUGGAGCUGGCUAGACAGCUACACAUGGACUCCCACUUGCUUUACUGCACCUGCAGCACCCUGACAGAAACACUGAGGACCAUGGAUCUGUCUCUUCUUCAGCCUUUUCCGCCUGGACAGCCAAAGAAUUUUGCCAACUUUCUCGACAAAGCCCUCGGCAUCCAGUGAAACUUUAAUUUAAACAGGACUGCUUAUGUUCUCAAACUGAAUUCAACAAUAUCAUGUUGAUACAUGGUUGAUACAUUAUGAUUGCACAGUACACAACUGUUUAACAUGAUUUAUUCUAUUUUUAUACCCAGUGUGUAUUUGUUAAUAAUACAUUCUUAACUUCGCUGACAUUUGGUUGUUUUUUCAGGUGUGACAUGCUGAAUAGCUCCAAACCACAGUGUCCAUUUUAAAGGAGGAUGUUUUGGCCCUUACUGUUUAUAUUUAAAGUAGAAUCUUCUCUGUGCUUUUUCUACUAAGUCAAACCUAAAUCUGCAUAACGUCAGGAGAAAUAGGAGCAUUUUAAAAUGUCUUCUUAGCUCAGAUAAGAGGCACCACCUUCCGCUUAAGUGAUCAGUGUAUGAGAGGCCAUCAUAAAUCAUCUGACCUGCAGAGAAGAGUCAUACUCUGUGUUUGUAUUAGGAGCUGAAAUCCUCAAUGAAGCUCUGUUGGGGUCUUUUUAAUUUAUUUUGAAGACAGAGAUCAAAUCUUUUUUUCAGCUUUGUGGAGCGAGCGACCCAUCGAGAAAAGUUCAUAUUUUUAGAGAAUGUACUGCUGUUGCUCUAAUGCUGCUGAUUCAUGAUGUCUUUACGCAAUACUUUCUUCACAUGGAGAGGUUUUGUUUUACAGGAAAUGAUGGGCGAAGAGCAGCACGUAGUCAAGUUCUGCUCUAAGCUGAGUUUAGACUCACAGCAGGAAACAUUUCUGUCCACUUUAUACCACAGAGUAAAAGUCAGAAAGUUUUCAGCAGCCACUUUGAUUAACUUAACAAACGGCUGUGUUCAUCUGAUAUAAGGCAGCUAGUCAAACAAGCUAACACUGAUUUCACCUGCAUUUAGUGAUCAAUCUGUUGCAGUUAAUUUCAGUAUAAUCACCUGAAAAUAAUUGUUGCGUUUUGGUUAGCUUAGAAUGAACCGUUUAUAUCUUGCACCACCAUGUUUCUACAGUAGCCCAGAACAGACAAACCAAACUGCCUCUGGAGAAGGCCUUUCAUUGUUUUCAUGAGUUUUGCGGUCACCUCAGAUUCCCUGACAUGCUGCAAGGGGAGGGUGAGUCGGGGAGGGGGGGAUUCAACUUUUUGCAACCUCACUGCUUGAUGCUACUAAAUUCCACACACUGGUUCUUUAAACUCAAAUCUCAUAUCACUGAGGGGGAAAAUCACAGAGGACUUCAGAUAAACUUCCUUCUUAGGAAAGCCCCUCCUGUUUGUUUCUAGAACAAUUUCUGUAGAAACAGAGGGAUCAGUUUGGUAGGAAACAUGUUUGGACAGACGACUUUUGUUAGUUUCUUUGUUCAACCAAAUGUGUCACAGCUGACGAUCAUGCAGAAUGCAAAAAAAGAAGUGUAAGAGCUUUAGUUUCUAAUUCUGUGGUUAAACCAGACAGCUGUGCCACAUUAGCUUAAUUAAGGAAAUGGUUACUUUUCGCUGACAGAAAAAUUAUAAAGUAAGUGGUAACACUGAGCAGCGGUUUGGCACUCAAAAUUACUUGACUGAAAUACCAAGUGACCAUGAAUAUGUCUAGAUGCCACUUUGACAUUUUUGCAUUAUAAUCAGUUUAGUAGCACAACCCAUUUAUCUUUAAAUAACUACUUUGCUUCCAGCCAAAUUCACUCAGGACACAAAAUAACAUUAUAUCAUUUGGUUGGCAGUGUCUGUCAUCAACAACCAGUUUUGGGGAAAAAAACCCUCUUUAUUCCAGAUCUUUUAGGUAAAGUCACAGCCUUUUUGGUGUUUUUUGCUUAAAUUAAACAGUUAAACUGAGCUGUAGAUAUCUGGUUUAGACCGGUUCUGCCAGCCUCUCCAGAAUGAUUCACAUGAUAGUUGUGCAAACUGCAAGUUAAUCUAAUAGAGAUGGACACUUUAAUAGAAGGUCACAUGUUUACUGAGCCAAAGCUUGUUUUUCAGCUUUACUUUCAUUCAAAACUUGAACUGUUUGUUACAGCACAUUAUAAUACAUUCAGGUAAUGUAGCUUAAAUAUAUAUGUUUUAUACUGGUACUGGUACUGAAAAAGGCCUCAACACUUCAGGAGAUGUUGGGCAAACAAUCAAAAGGUGGACAUUUAACUGAACAUAGUAUCAGAUUAAACACAUUAAACAGUGUC